AAGCCAGUCAGUCGGUCGCUUGAGAAUGUUUGAAUUAGCUUUUUCUUUUUUUUUUAAUUAAACAUAAAUUCCUGAAUUUAUAUUUACCCAUAAAAUUGGAACGAGGAGAUUGCGUGUUUGAUCCUUGAAGACUUUUUUACUGUUCGGUGUCUUUGACAGUAAACGUACAAUGUCGAGAGUGAGCACCUUGUUCUUCCCGUUGCUGUUUGCAUGCGUGGACGUGUGCAUCCUGACCUUCCUGCGUUUCCUGCAGCUGUCGCCACAGUUGUUCUUCUUUCUGUGCCCGCCACUCAUCGCCAUGUGGACGGAAGAGCUGAUCAGGGCCGUCCUCCUCCUGCUGCUCCUGCCCAGAGGUCCCUCAUGGGCCAGAGGCUUCGGUGGUCUCCAGCACGUCCUGGUCCUGUGCUUGCACCUUCCAGCCUAUAUGACGCUUCUCCACGCUCUGGGCUGGGCCGCGGAGGAGGAGAUGUGGGGGUGGCACUCUUGGGAAAGGUUUUUUCAGGGCUACCUGGUGAUGGUGGUGUCGUGGAUCUACUGGACUCAGUAUGUCCAGUCUGUGCUGGUGUCUUUGUCUCGCUCCAUAAUGUCUGUGUGGAGGCCGAGCAGCAAACGCCAGGAGCCUAAAAUGAACACCACCUCAUCUCUGAGGAGAUUGAUGGGAUUCAUGCGGCCUCACCUUGGCUGCUUUGUGGCCGUGUUGCUUCUCGUGGGGCUCUCCUCCUUCUGUGAGAUGGCGGUCCCCCUGUACAUGGGUCACAUGACAGACUGGAUCCAGAACCAGGGGGCACCUGACGCUUUCACAGACGCCAUCACAAUCAUUGCAAUCAUGACUUUUGUCAGUGCGGUGCUGGAGUUCAUCGGGGACCUGAUGUACAACGUCACCAUGAGUCACAUUCACACGGCGGUACAAGGAGAUGUGUUCCAGGCCAUACUCAACCAGGACAUCGCUUUCUUUGACGCCACCCCUACAGGUGAGCUGGUGUCGCGCAUCACCACGGACACCAACACCAUGAGCGAGGCGCUGAGCGAGAAGCUCAGCCUGCUCAUGUGGUACAUGGGCCGCGUGCUCUUCCUCUUCGUCUUCAUGUUCAAGCAGUCGUGGAAAAUGUCCCUGCUCACGUCCAUGGGGCUGCCCAUCAUCUGGGUUGUGCCAAAGUUCACCACACACUUCUAUCAGACAUUAUCAGUGAAAGUUCAAGAGUCUUUGGCAAAGGCCAACCAGGUGGCUACAGAAACCUUCACCUGCAUCAAGACAGUGAAAAGUUUCGCUAAUGAGGACGGCGAGACGGAACGCUACAAGCAGAGCAUGGAGGAAUUGUAUACCCUGAACAAGAUAGAAGCGGUGGCAUAUGCCACCACGACUUCGGCCAACAGUAUGACCACUCUGGUCAUGAAGGUGUGCAUUCUGUACUACGGAGGCGUGCUGGUGACCCGGGGGACUAUCAGCAGCGGGGAGCUUGUCUCCUUUGUCCUCUACGAGCUUCAAUUUGCUUCUGUUGUGGAUGCCUUAAUGAAUUCCUAUCCGAAUGUGAAGAAGGCUAUAGGUGGCUCUGAGAAGAUCUUUGAAUACUUGGAUCGAAAACCUCAGGUACCCCCAGAGGGAACCUUGGCCCCAGAACACCUGAAGGGACACGUUCAGUUCAAAAACGUCACAUUUUCCUACUCCGGCAACAGAGACGCUGACAGUGUUAUCCUCAAGGGUGUGUCCCUGGAAAUGAAACCAGGGCAGAUCACUGCGCUGUUGGGGCUCAACAGAGCCGGAAAGUCCACCUGUGUCAAGCUACUGCAAAGGUUUUAUCACCCCCAAGGUGGACAAAUCCUCCUGGACGGGGAGCCCCUGGAGAGUUACAAAGAUGCUUAUCUUCGGCAGAAGAUCUCGGUGGUGAGCCAGGAUUGUGCGCUGUUCGCCCGAUCUGUACGGGAGAACAUCAAGUAUGGCCACCCGGACGCCAGCGACGAGGAGAUGUACCAGGCCGCCCGGAUGGCCAGUGCCCACGACUUCAUCACGACACUGUCCAAGGGCUACGACACAGACACCGGUGAAAAAGGGGGACAGGUAUCUGGUGGCCAGAAGCAACGUAUCGCCAUUGCCCGAGCCUUAAUCCAACGACCCACCAUCUUGGUACUAGACAACGCCACCAGUGACUUGGACACUGAAAAUGAACAUCAGGUCUACCAGGCUUUACUGAGCCAAUGCCUCAACAAUUACUCCGUGCUUCUGAUCUCCACCAAGAUGAGCGUGGUGGAGAAGGCCGACCACAUCAUCGUGCUCCACGAUGGUGUGGUAGAGGCAGAAGGCAGCCACCACCAGCUGUUGGAAAGGAGCAAGCUUUAUGCUCAGCUGGUGAAAAAGGAGGUGCAAUGAAAAUUCUACAAGUGUAGCGUAUGCCUUUUUUAAAAAUGUAUAUUUUAAUUCCACCUAAGCACAGCUCUUGUAUUUGUUUGUAAUUUGUUUCUAUAUUUCCGAACCCCCAGUUGCUCUUGAUACGGAGUCAUCCAUAUUUGAAUGCAGAGAGAGUUAAAGCACUUUCAGUGCCUUGAAGGUAGAAAAGCGCUAUAGUGCAAGGCCAUUUACCAUAUUAUUAUUGAGAGUAUAUAUUGUUUAGGGGACUAUUGUAGCUGUGAACAUUUCUCUCACGGGAUGAAUAAAGUAUCUAUCUCUCUGGUUGUUCUAGUCA